GGCAAAAGAGAAAGAGUGCAGAUAGCCAGCAGCAAUAGCAAGAGGUAUUAUCAGACUCUUUUAAGGAAUUUGCAGACCUUCCUCAGCUCGUCUAAUCCUUUUUCUCGUGAUCUCUCUCUCUCUCUCUCUCUCUCUCUCUCCUCAUAUCAUCCCCCUCCAGAUUCUUCUUCCUCCUCUCUUGUUCUAUCUUCUCUUUCCAUUCUCUUCUUUUUAAGGCUGUGCUUAUAUUGCUAGCUGCCACAGACCUAGAGAGACACUUCCAACUGGUUUCACAGUUCAAAGUUGUGAGGUUAAAUCUAAGAAAAGAACCAGUAUUUACCUUCCUUUCUUGAAUACAACCCAAGAGCCAGACAGAUUAGAACAAAGUCUAGGACUUUUUCUCAUAAGAAGUUUAAGGGAAGACUCGGGUAGUAAAAAAGAUUGGUCUAUCUGGGUUUGUUUCGAGUAUUCUGAAAGAAAAGAUGAGUACCAGUAGUAGCUGUGGAAGAAAUGGUGCUGUUCGGCCUUAUAUAAGAUCCAAGGUGCCUCGUCUGAGGUGGACUCCGGAGCUUCAUCACUGCUUUGUUCAAGCCAUUGAGAGGCUUGGAGGCCAUAAGAAGGCUACACCAAAACUUGUUCUUCAAAUCAUGGAUGUCAAAGGGCUCACCAUUUCUCAUGUCAAAAGCCAUCUCCAGAUGUUUAGAAGCAUGAGGGGUGACCUUACUAGAGCACCAGAUGGGAGUUUCUCACAUCAAAGAAAGCAAAGUUUUGAAGAGCAUAGUGAUGGGUGUCUUGAUCAUGAAGUACAUGUUAUGGGUUUUCUCUCGGCUCCGAAUCCCAUUCCGGAAUCUGAUCCUCAAGUGAUGUACAGUGUUCCCCGCCGGUCAAAACCCAUCGGAGAAUCAGAUCCUCAGGCCAUCUUCUCUGAUCCCAGCCGCUCAAAAAGAGCUAGAAUCGAGAAUACGAGCUGUUCAAUCCCAGAGAGGCAGCAGCAGCAAUGGAGCCAAACAACACAUGAAACGGCACCGUACCCUUUUGAUGAUUAUGGCCUGGUGCUCGCAAAUGGAGUGUCUCUGCCACAGCAGCAACGUUAUCUCUACAACUUCAAUCCUUUCCUCAAAUCUGUGUUGCAAGAAUCUGAUUUCUUCAAGAUUGAUGAAGCGAAGAUGCAUAAGAUGGUGAACACAGGAAGAGCACAUACAGAAGGUGGUGACUGUCAGUUAUCGUUGUGUCUUUCAUUACAUCAUCCCUCUUCUAACACGAGCAUUGCUUCUUCAAGUGAAGAGAUGGGUGGUGCAAUCUCAGCAUUCAACUUUAAAGAUUGUUCCACCUUUUCUUCGGCAAAUCGCGGUGUUGAUUUGAAUCUUUCUAUUGCCCUAUGUGGUAACUGAUGUCAGCCAUAAAAAAACAAGCAUUAGUCAUUGGGGUUUAGGAUUUUCAGUUAGUUUUGUGCUAGUUCCUUGGCUGGAGUUGUUUUAGCUAUUAGUUACUCAAAUCUCACUUCUCAUUCUAAAGAGGU